CCUGCAUACGGAAGGCGGCGACCCGGACUCGUAACAGCCACGCACGGUGUACUAUGGAAAACUCCAUGGACCUCUGUUUCACUGAAGACGGAUAUAAUAACAGCAGCAUUAUUCUUGAAAAACAAGUAUUUAGAUCAAAAGUACCAGAAUCACAUGUUCAGCUGGCUUGUAGCCUCCAUUACUGUGCUUUCCCCUUAAAUGGAAAUGAACUUUGUAUUUGGAAUACGAGUGAUGAUCCUAACCAUCAGCCAUUACACUUAAUAGGUCAUCAUCACUCGAUUACUGCACUGGCAUUUGGGACCAAAGUUGAUCCUCUCCUUAUUUGCUCUGCUUCACGUGAUUAUGUGAUAGUUUGGAAUCUGGAUGAAUGUACAAAGAAGGUGUUACAAGGAUUAAUGCCACAAGGUAUUGUAAUAGGAACACUUCUGGGGAUGGUGCUUUAUGUUCGCUUUAGUCCAGAUGAUCAGAUUGUGGCAGUAUGUGCGGGUAAUCGAAUAUACAUGCUAAAUGCAAAGGAUGAAGCAAUACUUGCUGAACUAGAAGGCCACUUAGCACCAGUAACUGCUGCUGAGUUCUGUACUUGGGAGAAAAAUAUACUUAUAUCCGUUUCUGAAGAUAGAAGUUUUAAGGUGUGGGAUUACUGUACUGGAUUGUUAAUAUAUCAAUCAGCAGUAAUAACAGCAUUUCCUCUUUUAAGUCUCUUCAUUGAUGAAGUAAAUAAGCAGAUUAUCACUGGAUGUGCAGAUGGACAGCUGUGGAUCUUCAGCUUGAUUAGUGGUCAUCAAUAUCGUUGUGUUGUUCAUAUUAAUGUAAAGAAAGAGAGAAAGAAGUUUUACAACAAAACAACAAAGUUUGAACAUUUGGAUCAGAUUCAGAAUAUUUCUCAGACAUAUACUCCAAAUGAUAUAGAAGAAGAAGAUAUGGUUGAAACUACCUUUCCAAUCCUUAGAAUUGAACACUGUGACAAGCCAGCAAAUUUUGGUGAUGAAGAACCUAGUUUUCAUGAUGUGAGUGCCCAUUAUUUGUGGCUAGGAAGCUCUACUGGUUUAUUCAUAAUUAACACAGCAAACUUUGAGUUGGAAGCUGCUUUACAUUACAAAGAUUUCAGUGGUCUUAGUAUUCAGAUUGCUGGAUCAUGUGCUUUAAUGAGGAAGGCAGUCAAUGGUAAGGUUUUCUGUUUGCUAACUUCCAUGUUCGAGAACGAAAUUGCCUUAAUGGAAGUUAAUGUUGCUGCUUUGUUGAGAUGCCAACAGAAUGGCCUCCUUUUAAGUGGAAGGGAGGAAGGCCUUUCCACUGUUGCAAGAUGUCCUCUUCUUCUGACCUCUCCCUUGUAUCUGAAGAAGGAAAAACCCAAACUUGUAAAUAAAAAAGGUACAAAAAGCCAAAUAAAAGACCAGCCAUUGGUUUUCCAUAACAAAAUUAAAUCAUCAGGGUACACAUCAACACCACACAUGAUCAUGUUCUCUCCAAAUACAAAAGUAAAGCAAAACAGGUUGACAUCAGAAUGCGAGAGAAGUUGCAGACGAAGAAAUAAGGAAGACUAUCCACUUGGAAAAUCACCUCCAACCAAAAGUGAGAGGCAAAUUACUGUAACUGAUAAGCCAACUGCUAUAUGCUGUAUUCAAUAUUCAGGAAAUGGAGAGUUAUUGGCUUGUGGUUUAGCUGACAAAACAUUGCUGGCAUUCAAAUCAAACCUUAUAGGAGAACCAACUGUUUAUUCAGGACACGAUGGUGCUAUUACCUCAGUUGGUUGGAGCCACGACAACAACUGGCUUGUUUCGUCUUCUGAAGACAGAACAUUAAGGAUCUGGUCAGUUAGCAGCGCAGAACCAGCUUUAUGUCUGGGAAAGGAAAUAUUUCAUAAAUCUGUCCGAUCAGCCCAGUUUUAUUAUAUAGAUACAUUCAUAUUACUGUCCUGUGGAGCAGAAUUUUAUUUGUUAAGAUACUAUCUUGACACCAGCAAGGAUGAGAUAAAACGAAAUUACAGAUAUUGUAUUGGCAGCUGGGAGUAACCGAGCACUAGAAAUAUUUGACCUCAAUGUGGGCUGUAGUGCAG